UUUUGUAUGUCCGUGAUGCUGACAUCUAAGGGUAGGAGAGCAAAAAGCACAAGGGAGAAAAACAAACAGUUCGUUUUCUCGUGAACUUGUUGCUGCAGUGUCGCGACCGUAAUGACUCAACCGCUGAAACCUGAAUAUGUCUGUAAUAAUUAACUGCCAGUUUGAAUUAAUUCUUGUGUAAAAUAUUGGACCAACCUUGUGCUGCAAAACAGUUUCAGUUUCCGUAUCUCUCUGCAGUGACACUUCUGUAGGUGUGUAGAAAUAGUCGUUGUCGAAAAGCACAACAAACUUGAUAACGACUUGACUCUCUGUGUAAAUAGCCUGCUACCCUGCUCUUUGAUUUUGCCUGGUAGUCUCUGUUUUGAAGGAUGCGUGUUUGCUCUACAGCCACAUAACAUGAAGAAGUUUUACAUGAAUCCUGUGACGAUGCAUUUUAUCCAAACACCCAGAUGUUUGACGUAAAGGACGUCGGCACCUAAACUCGUCACAAACAAUGGUCUUGGGGUUAGGAUUUGGAGGGUAAUUGCUGAUGCGUCUCAGUACCUGCCCUAUCAGUACCCAAAGUAAACCCUGUGGCCCCCAACCACAUCCCCCUAUUCCCACAUUGUAAUCCUUCACCAUGCUGGAAGGACUUGUUGCCUGGGUACUGAACACCUACCUGGGCAAAUAUGUCAGCAACCUUAACACUGACCAGCUCUCCAUUGCCCUGCUGAAAGGGGCAGUCGAGCUAGAAAACCUCCCCUUGCGAAAGGAUGCCCUUCGAGAAAUCGAUCUCCCGUUUGAGGUCAAAGCUGGCUUCAUUGGGAAGAUCACUCUCCAGAUCCCAGUCUACCGGCCGCACAGCGACCCCUGGGUCGUCUCCAUGUCCCAGCUUAACCUGAUCAUUGGACCGGCCGACCUGCAGGACUUUGAUGAGCAGCAAGAGAGGGAUGCGGAGCAGGAGCGCAAGAAGCAGCUGCUACAGGCCCUGGAGGACAAGUGGAAGAAUGAGCGAGAGCAGAAGGGAGAAUCCUAUUGGUACUCUGUGACCGCGUCAUUGGUCACCAGGAUAGUGGAGAACAUCGAGCUGAAGAUUCAAGAUGUUCACUUGCGGUUUGAGGAUGACUUUUCCAACCCAUCUAAACCCUAUUCCUUCGGUGUCUGCAUAAAGAAUGUGUCUGCGCAAAAUGCCACUAAAGAGCCGGUACAGAAGCUCCUGCGACAGAAGCAGCUAGAGAUCCGGGAUUUCUGUGUCUACUGGGACACGGAGUGCUGCAUGCUGGGAAAUCUUCCUGUAGCAGAGAUCCAGGAGGCCAUGACGCGCUGCAUGCACAGCAGAGAGCACCAGUACGUCUUUGAGCCAGUGUGCGCCUCUGUGCUGCUGCGCCGGAAUGCCUCCAAGGAGCCGCUGCGAUCCCGCCACACCCCACGCAUCGAAGGCCAGGUGCAGUUGGAGCCCGUGUCCCUGCGCCUCUCGCAGGUGCAGUACCAGCAGAUCAUGGCCUUCCUGAAGGAGCUCGACCGCCGCGAGAAGGAGAUGUGCUUUCGGAGGUGGAGGCCCCGGGUCCCCGUUUCCGGAAACUGCCGGCAGUGGUGGCGCUUCGCCGUCGACGCCAGCCUGAGCGGCAUGCGGGAGCGGAGGCGGCGCAGUAAUUGGGAGUUUGUCCUGCGGCGGGCGAAGGACGCGCUGCUGUACACCACCCUGUACAUGGACCGGCUUAAGGGGGUCCUCCUGGACCCCAUGGAGGAGAGUGACCUGGAGAGGGUGGAGACUGAACAGAGCUUGGAGGAGCUUCAGUGUCUCAGGGAGGUCGUCCAUCACCGCUUUCGUAAGCAGGAGGAGAUCGCAGAGAGCGUUCGAGAACCCAUGUCUGACCUGGCCGCCUGUCCCCCCGCUGCCUCCAUCCCCAAGAGCGGCAGUUCGGGCAUGCUGCAGUACCUGCAGUCCUGGUUCCCGGGCUGGGGGGGCUGGUACGGGGACUCGGACCCGGUCUCGGUGGGUAGCAUGGAGGCUCAGGCAGCGGCUGCUGCUGGCAAGCUGUUGACUGACCAGGGCACGUGGGACAUGCUGGCCAACGCUGAUGACCUCUUUGACCCGCUGGAAGACUCCCAAACUCUAAACACCUUCACCAGGAGGGACCAUGUUUUUGCACGUCUUGACUUCCUGCUGGAGACGGGGGCUGUCACUCUCCUCCACCAGGACGAGAAAGGCGCGGUGCCCCAUGACAACGGUGUUGCCCAAACUUGGAGGAGUCCUACACCUCUUGAGAGAGGGGUCAUUCAGCUGGAGUUCUCAGGAGUGAAGAUUGGGGUGGAGUCGCUUCCCCGAUCGGAGUCUUCUCUGCUGUCUUUGAAACUUGGAGGGCUUUUUCUGAGGGACCUCACUACCCAGGGAACGAUAUUCCCUGUGCUCGUCUCUCCGAAACUGGAUAAGAUUGCUGUGGGCAUCAACCAGACAUUUAAUCAGGCAAGCGGUUCAGAAACGCCCAGCUCAGGCUCAGACCAGUCAUCAGCAGCACCAGUCUUUGAGAUGAUCUAUGAGCGGAACCCAGCAAGGAGGCAUUUCGAGAGGCGCCUGGAGGUGAACACUAGCCCUCUCAAUAUCAUCUACAACCCACAGGCCAUCAAAAAGGUGGCUGACUUCUUCUACAAGGGCCGGGUCCACACCUCCGGUUUUGGUUAUCAGUCUGAGUUGGAACUGAGGGUAGCAGAAGCCGCCAGGAGGCAGUACAAUAAGCUGAAGAUGCAGACCAAGGCUGAGAUCCGGCAGACGAUUGACCAGCUGCUAGUUGGCGAGUUCAUCGAGAACAGCAAGCGUUGGACCAUGAAGCUGGAUAUCUGUGCUCCUCAGGUGAUCUUCCCAGAUGACUUUCAGUCUGAAGACCCCAUGUUAGUGGUUGUGGAUUUAGGUCGCAUUCUCCUGACUAAUUCUCAAGAUGAACCCAAGACAAAGCUGAAGUCCCCUCAAUCAGAAGCAGAUGAGCUUAGUGACGAAGAAUACCAGACUCCUCUGGCCACGCCCCCUGCAUCUCCCUCUCCUGAGCCAGAAAUGGAGCUUGUAGAUUCCAUAAAGAGCACAGAGCUUCCCAUCUGGAAGUCGGAGGGCACGCUGCCGUACAAUCGAAAGUUCUAUGAAAAGUACUCAUUGUCCUUCAAUGACUUGCAGAUCAUGGUUGGCCGGUACAAGGACAACUGGAAGCACCUCCAGGGAAGUGAGGUGGGGCCAACUCAUGUUGUUGAGAAAUUCAACGUCCUACUUAAGUUGGAGCAGAGGCUCUGCUAUACUUCUGACCCUCAGCUCCCCGGUGCAGUUCUAUCAGGAACUCUGCCUGACCUCAAAGUGCAUGUUAACAUGGAGAAAAUGAUAGCCCUCCGAAGCUGCUUAGCUACUCUGAGCGGCGCAGGAGAAGAGGAGGACUCCAGUCAAAAGAUUACAGAGAAUGGAAAAUCGCCGGACCCUGUAACACUGCGUCAUGAAAAAAUAUUCCAGAGAGAGGAUGGCCUUCAAAAAUCUCAGGGGUCUACAAAAAAUCUCACUCAGAGUGUGAUGACACUGGAGCAACACACAAGAGAGGUCCUGGUGGAGUCAAGACUGCUUCUUGCAGAGUUCAACAUUAACUACAUGCAGCUGGGCAUCGAGAGUGGUGGCCGAUAUAUUUCUGUACUUAAAGUUUUCGGAACAAAUGCACACUUUGUGAAACGACCUUAUGAUGCCGAAGUUUCCCUCACCGUUCAUGGGCUCCUUCUGGUUGAUACCCUGCAGACUUAUGGUUCAGACUUUGACCUUUUGGUGGCCUCCCACAAGCAUCUCAGCUUUGAUGUUCCUACAGGCAGCCUUAGGGAGAGCCAGCCGUCCUCCCCAAUCUCACCUGAUGGUAAACUUAAUGAGUUAUCAGAUAUUCAUGGAGAAUCCUUGCCAGAUUUUGACAAAAUGUCCCAUAUUAGUUCAUUUCUCAAAGACCAGGAUGCCCUCAUUAAGCUAGAGUACCAGUUUGUCAGCUCUGACUGUCCAUCUAUGAACCUGGACAGCUCCCUCCAAGUGGCCACCAUGCAAGUCAACAAUCUCGACAUUAUCCUAAACCCAGAAACAAUGGUGGAACUUCUAAAGUUCCUCCAAAAUUCUUUCCCUAAAGAAGAGAGCUCAUGGACUCCCUCACCCCAACAGUCUUAUCACAAGUCUGAUGAAGAAGGUUUGAAUGAAACCUAUCAGUCUACUUAUGAUCAGAACACAGAGGUAACUGUGGAGAUACACCGAUUGAACUUGUUACUCUUGCGCACUAUUUCCACCGGCACUGUACUGGGUGGAGAGAAGAAAGGCAUGAAAAUUGCCACAGCCAGCAUAAACAGUACCAAAGUCAAUGUUUCCAUGGGGAGUCGUCUCGAUGUCAACGGUUCUCUUGGAUGCAUUCAGCUGGUGGACCUAACUCAGGAAGGAGGGAAAAGUCAGUCUGUGGUCAGCAUUGGAAAUGUGGAAGAUCUUCCCCCAGAAGGGGAGAUGGCCCUCUUCUCCGGCGCUGGUGGAGCACCGUCGGAAGCUCUGAAUUUUCAGCUUUUGGAGAAAUCACAAGGGGAGUGCUCCCUGCAGUUGCAGAUGGCUUCUCUGCACUACAACCAUUCUGCUAAGUUUCUGAAGGAGCUCAGUCUCUCUGCUAAUGAGGUGGAGGACAACUUUCGCUCCAUGUUGAAAUCGGCAGCCACCAAAGUGUCCACAGUGCUUGCCACAAAGACGGCAGAGUAUAGUGGCAUGGUAUCGAUUUUUGAAACCCCAUCCAGGAGGUCCAGAAGGCAGAGUCAGUGUAAUUGGCCCAACAGUCUUGAAGAUGAGGCUGAUGUUGAGGUUCCAGUGGAGGAACCAAAAGUAGAUUCUUUUAUGGUCAAACUCAAUUUAAACAUUAGCAUAGACUCCCCUGUUGUUUCCAUUCCACGAAAGCCAGGCCACCCUGAGCUUCUAGUGGGACAUUUAGGUAGUAUAACCAUUCAGAAUUUUAUGUCUGAGCAGGAUAGCUCAGAGAGGGAAAAGUUGCAGGUUGAGGUUAAAGACAUUUGUCUGUACUCACUCAACACCAGUCACUUGGUCCUCCGCAAGGCCACUCGUGCUGAUCGUAGCUCCACCUCCAAAUUCUCACCCAGUCACAGUAAGGGCAGCAGCCAGGAGGAGCUUCAGUUCACACGUCAUGACUUUUUUGAGUCCCUGAACCGUGGGAGAGCCUUUCACAUCCUCAAAGACACCACGAUCCAGUUCACCGUUGAGAAAGUUCCUGUUUCAGAUGACACACAGUUUUCCUUCCUUUCUAACGAUGAGCCGUUCCUCAGCGCAGGACAGCUCAGAGUAGAGGGCAGAUUUGUCAAUGCUGUACAGGUGUUUCUCGCCAAGCCUGUAUAUGAGCAGGUCUUGCAGACCCUGGACAAUCUGUCCUUUAUUGAAGAUGAUCAAGCAACACCGAGUCAGCCCCCAACUCCGCCGCCCCCCACUCCGUCCUACGCCAAGCUGCCUCGCUUCCCAGAUUCGCAGGGCGGACUUUUUGCACACGACCCUCCCUUUGCUGGGCUGUCCUAUGCUUCCCUGUCCUCCUCCCUCUCUACGCCCAUUCCCCUGCCGGGCCACAGCCCUUCCCUCCGGCCCCCGUCUUUUACCCAGUUGAGGGCCAUCUUUCGAGUGGCAGAGUUGCAGGUGCAUCUCAGUGCUGACCUCAGCCAGGGCUCUCAGGGCCUGGUCAGCUUGUGUUUCCAGGACCUGGAGGGGGAUUUCACCAAGGACCAUCCUCAGUCUUUGGCAGUUGAGCUCACCCUUCGUUCUCUGCUAAUGGAGGAUCUUCUGGAGCCCAAUCCAGACUCAAAGUACAAGCAUCUCAUGGUUUCCAGGGGUGCCCCAAAGCCCUCCACCUUCAGCCGCAAAGAGUACCUCUCACAGUCCUGCCCAACGGCAUCCAGUGUCCUUUACCCUGAUAUGCCCCGUUCCCUCCCAGCCCAGAUGGAGGAGGCACAGAAUGUCUUCCAGUUCUACCAGAGACACCCCAACACACCAUCUUCUGGUGCUCGGAAAACUGAAGACCCUGGUUGCCCAAGUACCCCUCCUCCCUCCCCAACCCCCAACAUCCCGGCAUCUCUCCAGGUCCCAGAUUUUGAUGAUUCCUUGGUCCACAUAAACAUCCUCCUGGUGGACAAACGUCAUCCUGAGUUCAAGAGCCGCUAUGGCAGUGUCAGCCGCAGUGUGGAUGUGGACUUCAACUGCCUAGACGUUCUCAUCACUCUUCAGACUUGGGUGGUCAUUCUCGACUUCUUUGGCAUCGGCUCCACGGCGAACAACCAUGCUGUGAAAGUUCCUCUAGACCCUACCCAGGAGACACACGGUCACCAGCCACUCUACACCUGUACAGAAGAACCAGGACUAGCCUAUGAGGAGCAAGAACCGGAGAGGGUCAACACCAGGCUUGACCUGAAGGUUCAUUCUCUAUCCCUCGUUCUCAACAAGAAAACCAAUGAACUCGCCAAAGCUAGUGUCUCCAAGCUGUCUGCCCAUUUAGAGAUGAUUGAGGGAGACUUGACCCUGCAAGGCAGUCUGGGACGUUUAUCGCUCAGUGACCUGACACCACAUGGAGACCUGUACAGGGAGCGCUUCACCACACGGGGCGGCGAGGCGCUCGUUUUCAACCUCCUCAAGUACGGUGAGCCAGACCCCUUCCUGAAACGUCAGUGCGACUUGAAGGUGUCUCUGCAGAUGGCCUCCGUGCAGUACGUGCACACGCAGCGUUUCCAGGCAGAGGUGGUAGCCUUCAUCCAGCACUUUACCCAGCUGCAGGACGUCCUGGGCAGGCAGCGGGCUGCGAUGGAGGGCCAGGCUGUGCGGGAACGUCCUCAGCGAGCAGCCCGCAUCCUCCUGGACAUCGAGGCCGGUGCCCCGGUGCUCCUGAUCCCAGAGAGCUCCCGCUCGCCCCGGCUCAUCGUGGCCAACCUCGGCCAGCUACGUGUUCGUAACUGCUUCCUACCUGCCGGCUCACGUGGUACAUUUUCCCACAAAGACAAGGUAGAGAAACUUACCAUGGCACAUGCCUUUUUCCCCUCUCUGAAUCUGGUUUUGCAUGCCAGCUUCUUCAAGGAUCCUGCCCCCUAUGAGGACCGUGUGAGAAACGUUCCCCCUGCACCCAACUCUGGGCCCAGGGAGGAGUCUCCGGAGCCGGCCUCCAACGGCACUGGCACUGGCACUGGCACUGGCACUGGCACUGGCACUGGCACUGGCACUGGCACUGGCACUGGCACUGGCACUGGCUUUUCCUUGGGCCGGCCCCAGCCUGCCCCGGGGAAGAUGCCUGCUGUGGAUAUUGUUAGUCCUGAGGAGCACGUUUGCCUGCUGGACUGCAUCGCCCUAGACCUGCAGGAGAUGGACAUCUUUGCAGCGGAGCGGCUGCCCUGCGAGUCCUGGGACGGCACCAGGAAGCCGCUGGAAGGCGACCUGCUCUUCCCCUCCUACUCGGUGCGCCGCACAGGGGGCAGCCUACUGAAGGAGCGCUGCCGGCUCAGCCUGAAGGUGGAGAGGAACCUGGACAAGGAGCUGAGCCAUUCUGUGCCAGACAUGUCUGUGCAAGGCAGCCUGUCCUCCGUGCACUGCUCCCUGGACCUGGACCGGUACCGGCUGAUCCGGGGGCUCCUGGAGAAUAAUCUGGGGGAACCGGUGGAGGAAUUCCUCCGACCCUACAACCUGCAGGACCCCAGCACCUACACGGUGCUGAGUGGGGAUGUGUACACUGGCCUGUCCUUCCUCGUUGACAUGAUGGACGUCACCCUGGAGCUACUCGACACUCCGGCUGCUACGGGUUGGACGCGCUCUUUGGCCAGGUUCGACUUCCGCAAGUCCAAACUGCUGUUUGAGAGCUUCUCCAAUGGGUCCAAGUCUGUGAACCUGGUGUCCCACUCGCUGCUGGCGUACGACACGCGUUACGGGGGGCCUGACUCCACGCCGGGCACCGAUGCCUCUGGGGGAAAGCACAACGUGUUCCACUGUAUCCUGCAGCCCUCCAGGACCGGGUCCAACCGGGCCACUCUGCAGAUGGAGCUGCACUACAGGUCCACCCGGGACUCGUCCUGCUUCACCGUGGUGCUCAACAACUUGCGCGUCUUCCUCAUCUUCGACUGGCUUCAGCUGGUGCGCGACUUCCUGCGUGUGCCGGCCGAAAGUGGCGCCACCCAUGGGAGGCAGCGCUGCCCCAGUGGCGGCAGCGAUGUGGGAGCCCCCCCCACCGCCGUCAUGCCCAAGACAGUCAAGAGCGGCGUGGUCACCAAGAGGUCCACUGUGCCGGUUACUCAGGAACGUCACCUGGAGAUCAAGGUCAACGUGACGGGAACGGAGUUUGUGGUGGUGGAGGAAUCUUCCUGUCUGGACACCAAUGCCAUCAUCCUCAAGGGCACCACUGUGCUGACCUACAAGCCUCGUCUGCUCGACCGCCCAUUUUCCGGAAGCCUGGCUGGCAUUGAGGUGUUCUCCUGCCGGCUCGGCAGUGAGCAGGAGACGGCGCUGUCCAUCAUCGACCCCGUCAAUGUACAGGUUGAGCUCUGUGGAAGCCCCACCUAUCAGAGCAGCUCUGGCCUCCUGGAUGCCUUCAACAUGGAGGACAUCCCACCUCUGCUGGAGAUUCAGUUCCCGGCCCUGGACAUCCGUCUCUCCUACAAUGACGUGCAGCUCUUCCUGGCCAUCGCCAAGUCCAUCCCCACCUCCAGCUCCCUGGGGCCCAGUGACCUCGCCCCCUGCAAGCCGCCGGGCCCAUCUGCAGCCGGCCCUGAUUCCUCUGCUAGUCAGAAGGACCUUUUCAAGCAGAAGACGCAGGCCUUACUGGAGGGCCAACUGGGCCGCCUACAGGACCUGGGCUUUAAGAAGGAGGACUGUCGAAGGGCACUUAUCCUCUGCAAAGGACAACUGGACCAGGCUGCCACGUGGCUGCUGGAGAACGCUGAGAUGGCCACCUCGUCGGCAGGGGGCGGGGCCGACUCGGCGGGCCACUCCAGCCACCCCCUCUCCGGGGUGGAAGUGAAGGCCGAGAACGUGUGCAUCUGCUUCAUCGACGACUGCCUGGACUGCGACGUCCCGCUGGCUGAGCUCACCUUCUCGCGACUUUAUGUACUGCAGCGUAUUGGCUCCACCCAGGAAGGCAACGCCAGCUUCACGCUUUCCGGAGACUACUAUAACCGUGAGCUGUCCGGCUGGGAGCCCUUCAUCGAGCCCUGGCCGUGCUUCCUGAACUGGCAGCAGCAGGCGGCAGGGCGUUUGCACCCCCCCCGGCUCAGGAUGAGCGUGCGGGCCAAGCAGAGGCUGGACAUCAACAUCACCUCAGUCUUACUCGAGCAGUACAGCACCACCAAGAGCUCCUGGCUCGCUGAUUACUGCAAGGAGAAGGAUGAAGGUGCGACAUCCCCCUGUUCAGCACCCAUGCCCUGGAUGGGCUCCUCUGUGGACCCGCCCUCUGUUGGCCAGAUGGAUGUCAAGCUGUCCAAACGGAGGCAGCCGUUUGUGCCCUAUGCCCUACGGAACCACACCGGAUGCACCAUGUGGUUCGCCACCCUCACCACCACGCCCACCAGGGUGGCGCUGUCUCACAGUGGCAGUGCAGAUUCCAUUUCUGAUCCCCACGGGCCGGGUCUGGAUGACACUCACAACGUCAGCCAGUGGCGGGAGGUGCUGCCCGGAGAGGAAAUCCCCUUUGAGUUUGAGGCCCGGGAGAAACUGAGGCACAGGCACACCCAUGACCUGAAGCUGCAUCAGCUACUGGUUCGUGUGGGAGGCUGGGAGCAGGUAAAGCCUGUCUCCGUGGACAAGGUGGGGGUGUUCUUCCGCUACGCUGCCCCCGAUCGUAACAACCAGUCCAGCACCGUUGGCAGCCCAAUCAGUCGGACCAACAUUAUACAUCCUCACGUCUACUUCUCGGCCCUUCCGCCAGUCAGAGUCGUCUUCUCCAUCACCAUGGAAGGCAGCGCACGCAAGGUCAUCACAGUACGCUCAGCGCUCAUGGUCAAAAACCGGCUGGAGGUUCCCAUGGAGGUCCGCCUGGACAGUCCGUCUGCCCCCGACAAGCCAGUGGUUCUUCCCCCAAUCCUGCCUGGCGAGUCGCUUGCUGUGCCCCUGCACCUUACUUCCUGGAGGCUGCAGGCUCGGCCCAAAGGCCUGGGCCUCUUCUUCUGCAAGGUUCCGAUCCAUUGGACCACUGUAGAGCGGCCUGGCGAAGUCAGCAGCAGUAAGAGGGAGUGUCAGUCGGUGGACUUUGAGGACCACCUCAAACGAAGCUUCAGGUUCUGCGUGGUGAUCAAGAAGGAGUUCUACCCUGAGCAGCAGCCCGCGAAGGCCGUGCCGGGGGCACCCAAGGAGAUCUACCGGCAGCCUGGCCACACCAUCUACCUGCUGCCCACGCUGGUCCUGGCCAACCUGCUGCCCUGUGACCUCAACUACUACAUGAAGGGCACCACCAUCAAGGGCACCAUGAAGCCUGGCAGGGAGGCCGUGCUGCACGCCGCAGAUACCUCCCAGAACAUGGAACUGGGCGUGCUGCUGGAGAACUUCCCCGAGUGCAAGGAGCUGCUGAUCCCGCCGGGAACCCAGAACUACGUGGUGCGGAUGCGGCUGUAUGACACCAAUAAGCGCCUGCUGUGCCUGACCAUCCGCAUCGUGCUCCGCGCCCAGGGAGCCCUCAAGAUCCUCAUCUCCUCCCCCUACUGGCUCAUUAACAAAACCGGGCUCCCCCUGAUUUUUCGCCAGGACAACGGGAAGACUGAUGCAGCCGGACAGUUUGAGGAGCACGAGCUGGCAAGGAGUCUGAGCCCUCUGCUCUUCUGCUACACGGACAAGGAGCAGCCUAGCAUGUGCACGAUGCGGAUUGGGAAGGGCAUCCAUCCUGAUGGGGUCCCGGGUUGGUGCCAGGGCUUCUCUCUGGACGGGGGCAGCGGGGUGCGGGCGGUCAAGGUCAUCCAGCCUGGGAACCGACCCGGACUCAUCUACAACAUAGGCAUCAACGUGAGGAAGGGGAAGGGUCGCUAUCGGGACACGCACAUCGUCACCUUCGCUCCCCGAUAUCUGCUGGACAACCGAUCCUCCCACAAACUCGCUUUCUCCCAGCGAGAGUUUGCUCGAGGAAAGGGCACUGCCAACCCAGAGGGCUACAUAUCAACUCUUCCCGGCUCCAGUGUGGUCUUCCACUGGCCCAGGAACGAUUAUGAUCAGCUGCUCUGUGUGCGUCUCAUGGACAACCAGAACUGCACCUGGUCGGGAGGCUUCGAGGUCAACAAGACCAAGUCAUUCCAUGUCAACAUGAGGGACAAUUUAGGAAAUUGCUUCUUUCUUCGUGCUGAAAUCACCCUCAAGGGGGCAACCUAUCAGAUCUCCUUCACUGACACCGACCAGCUGCCCCCACCCUUCCGCAUUGACAACAUCUCUGAGGUGCCCAUCCAAUUCUGGCAACAUGGCGUGAUUGACCAUCGCCUGCACACGGAGGUGAAGGCCGGAGCCGUCCUGGAAUAUGCCUGCGAUGAGCCCACACUCCCCCCUUACCUCAGCCUCACAGUCAAGGGGGCGGGGUCGUCUGAGGUCACAGCGGACAUGAACUUCUUCCGGGAGUACAACAAGCUCUACUACGAAAACUUCAUCUACAUAGCGGCCACAUACACCUUCUCCGAGGAUGCGGAGAACCGGCCCGUCGGGAAGAAACGGGCUGUGGCGUGUGCUCAGCUAGUGCUGGACGUGGAGACCAAGACCCAGAGAGUCAUCCUGAAGAAGAAGGAACCAGGGAAGCGCUCUCAGCUGUGGAGGAUGACUGGCUUGGGCAUGCUUUGUCACGAAGGCUCCUCCCCCCCUCAGAGUAAACCCGCCCAGCCCCGCCCUCUCAACUCCUCCCUCGUCCUUGAUAUUGCGGGAUUGGCUGCUGUCACUGACAACAGCUACGAGCCUCUCAUGCUGAGGAGACCAGACUCACGACGGAGCACCACUCAGACGUGGCACUUCUGCUCUGGCAUGCUGACGUGUGGUCUGCCCAGACUGGUGGCUCAGGUGAAGGGUGGGCUUCCCGGGCUGUACGACGGGGCAGAGGUCGUGCUCGGACCCAAUCUAGCGCUCCUGGACCUGCCCCCUGCGCAGCAGUUUGUCAACCAGAAGAUGCGGCCGGGCUCCGGGGUGCUCUCGGUGCAGGUGCUUCCCGACGGGCCGACUCGAGUCCUGCAGGUGAGCGACUUCAACCAGCACCGCAUGACCCGGCACGCCUCGGAAGCAGAGGGAGAGCAGAGCCAGGAGAGCGAGCAGGCUGCGGCCCCGGAGCAGGAGCUGGAGGUGCUUCUCAACCUGGAGGAUGGUGUGGGUCUUUCCCUGGUCAACAAGCUGCCAGAGGAGCUUGUGUUAACCACGCUGUCGGGCAUUGACGUCCACUUCACUCGCACGGCUGCCAGCCAGGUGCUGGAGCUGAGCGUGCAGAACAUCCAGGUGGAUAACCAGCUUCUGGGCACCACGCAGCCAGUGAUAGUGUGCGUCACGUCCUGCUCCGGCGAGGGCAGCGUCAUGGAGACGGGCCCAGCCCUGCAGGUCAAUGCGGUCAAGGUGCCCAGCAGGCUCUCGCUCACUGAGCUUUUUAAGCACCUGAUGGUGACCACCAGCCACUUCACGGUCAUCGUCGAGGAGAAGCUGCUGCUGAAGCUGCUCAGCUUUUUCGGUUAUGGCCAGUCGGACGCCGAGCUGGAGAAGCUGGAUGAGAACCUGUACGAGAAGCCCAGCGAAGAAGGUGGGACUCCCAAGCGCUACUACUUUGAGAACCUGAAGAUCAGCCUGCCACAGGUCAAGCUGAGUGUCUUCACCUCUCACAAGCUCCCCCCGGACCUCAAGGCUCUGAAGGGAACUCUGGGAUUCCCCCUCAUCAGAUUCGAAGAUGCUGUCAUCAAUAUGUACCCUUACACCCGGGUCCAUGCCUACGAGACCCAGGAGAUCAUCAUCAAUGACAUCCUGAAGCACUUCCGUGAGGAGCUGAUGGGCCAGGCAGCCCAGAUUCUGGGCUCAGUGGACUUCCUGGGAAACCCCAUGGGUCUUCUGAAUGAUGUCACCGAGGGCGUCUCUGAGCUUAUCAAGUAUGGCAACGUCGGCGGCCUCAUUCGCAACGUCACCCAUGGCGUAUCCAACUCUGCUGCCAAGUUUGCAGGAACCCUGUCGGACGGGUUGGGUAAAACCAUGGACACAAGACACCAGAGUGAGAGGGAGUACAUCCGUUACCAUGGCGCCACCAGCGGAGAACAUCUGGUGGCAGGGAUCCAUGGAUUGGCACAUGGCAUCCUGGGAGGCCUGACCAGCGUCAUCACCUCCACCGUGGAAGGCGUGAAGACGGAGGGUGGCGUGAGCGGCUUCUUCUCCGGCCUGGGGAAGGGCUUGGUGGGUACUGUGACCAAGCCGGUGGCCGGGGCACUGGACUUCGCCUCCGAGACGGCCCAGACCGUGCGGGACAUGGCCAGCCUGAGCAACCACAGGCUCGGUGUACAGCGGGUCAGGAAGCCACGUUGCUGUAAGGGCCCCCAGGGUCUGCUGCCCCGCUUCUCGGCCCCCCAGGCGGACGGACAGGAGCAGCUCUUCCGUCUGACGGACAACAUCCAGUCUGAGUUCUUCAUUGCCGUGGAAGCCAUCGACACCUACUCCGUGCUCAUCUCCUCUAAAGUGGUGUACUUCCUGAAGCCAGGGGAGUAUGCUGACCGUGAGGCCAUCUUCUUGGAGGUCAAGUAUGAUGACCUCUACCACUGCCUGGUCUCGAAGGAUCACGGGAAGGUCUACGUCCAGCUCACGAAGAAAGCGGACAGCACCAGUAGCGGAGUUGCCAUUCCGGGCCCAUCGCACCAAAAGCCCAUGGUUCACGUGAAGAACGAAAGCCUCGCCAUCAAGAUAUCUCAAGAGAUCAACUACGCCAAGAGCCUAUAUUAUGAGCAGCAGCUCAUGUUGCCGCCCAAUGAGAAUGAAGAUAGCCUGCUGCUGGAUUCCUGACUGACCAAUCGGAUGGCAGUCAGAUGAUUUUUUUUUUUUUU